GGCUGGUUGUUUCUUGUCCGUUCAAGCACUCUUCUUGACGUGCCUCUUCUGGGGAGCUUGGGUAAGCUGCAUUGCUAGUGCAAAUCAAGGUAUGACUAAAGCCAACUGUUAAUAUAUGCACACACCUUAUACAUUCACCUUCAUUCUUGUUUUGCUACUAGGUGUAAUAUUUUAUAACCUUCGCUGCCUCCCAUUCGAAAAAAAGUUGAAACUCAACAAGGGAGAGGACUACACUUGACUCUGUGCUGAGCAAAAUGAUCGAUUCAGGUCCCAUGAUUUUUGGCUGAAGUUGUGGAUACAGUAUACUACUACUUACAAUGUCAUGCGGUACCCUAAAAGCAAAAACUAUAAGCUAGAGAAAAAGCCAAAGCGGGCUAGAUUACGAUGUAACAGGAACAAAAUUCUUGAAGACGGUUUUGACGGCACUGGACAAGUCUUUUUGAAAUGACUCUUAUGUUUUUAUUUAAAAGUCAUUAUCGUUUAGUUCAAAAUGUUUUACCACAUACCCCUAAAUUUGUUACAACCAUAAGGAAAGAAAAUGGUUGAGAAAUUAAAAUAAAACAACUACAACGAAUAUCUGAAAAGUUCAUAACUCAAGCUAAGGGUUAAUGAGAGAAAAACACAGACCGGCCGUAGCUAUGACAGAAAAAAUUUUGUUAGCACUUUUAUGAAUCAUACUUCUAGUUAUUCAUACAAACCUUUCUCUUUUGAGGACAAACAAUGAUUCAACUGAACCUUUCCCACGUAGCAGAAGAAAAAACCCUAAAAUUCUUACUUGGAAUCAGUAUCAGACAUUCUUUUGGGUCCAGACUGCACUGAGGCCAACUUUAAACGUAAAUUAACAGAUUACCAAACUUUGAACAGAAUCUAUAUCUAGUACAAUUUUAGACGCGUAUUUUUAUGCAUGAUAUUCAACUAGGAAAGGGAAAAAAGUGACAAGAAAAAUGCAGCUGCGUUGUUGAGCUUACGACACAAACGAUCAUGUACGGCAACAUAGAUUAGCCUACAAUUUUUGUGCCCACCCAAGGGGGAUGGGGGAUGUGUUUCUAGAACCACAUCAGUUGGAAAUUAAAAACUGUUUUAAAAAAAAAAAAAACCUUGAAAUUCGGUGUCUAAUUUUAGAAGGGAUAGGAUGAUCGAGAUGGUUUAAGGGCUUCAUAGGUUCUUUCUCUUAUACUGAACUUUAAAUCAAUAAUUAAACGAGUGUGCAACUACAUCAAUUUGACGUUGCCGUGGAGUCGACAAAGCUUGCCCUUUGAAAUGCAACAAUUUUCUCACUGCAUAAAAGCUUAUAAACUAAAAGAAGACUGAAAUUAAGCGACAACAGUUUGACGGUUGUCAUGACGUAUUUUAUUUAAAUUCCUAGUUAGUGAUCCUUCAAGAAACUUAUUAAUUAGUUAUAUCGUUUCGUUAUUUACUUCGGUCGGUGGGAAAGCUCCUGUAGGUUUUCUAACUGCUUCGACAUAGCAGACUAUUAUUUCUGGCGAAAUUUUUAGGGGAAAAUCCCUUUUGUCAUUGAAAAACUCGCUUGGGUAGGUAAAAGUCUGAAAGUAGAAAAAAAAAAUAACUAAAAGCUUCCAACAUACCUCACAUCAGUUCUCUCUCCGGCGAUCGAUAGCUUCUGAUCAUUUCACAGAUAAUCCAUUUUAGUUCCAAAGUUUUUAAAUUUCAUUGUGGAAUAUUUAGCUGCUUAACAUUCAUGGUAACCUGUUCUUGUUGUUGUUGGUGGUGGUGGUGUUAUGUUUUUGUCCAGCAAGCAAUCUGCAAAGGAUCGGUUAUUCAUUUAUAAACAACCACGGUCGAGGAGCGUGGGAGAAUGAAAGAGUGCAUUGAUGUUUUUUAACGUGUUCUCUGAAUUAACGUGGGUGAAAUUAGUAGUGGAAUACUAAAAAAGGCUAAGUGGUUGAGACGCUCUGCGUUCAGUUAAUCUUACAAGUGUGGUGGGUGAGGGCGACCUUGAAAGCUGCUGGCAGACCCGGAAAGACCUAUUUCUUGCUGCGGUGAAAGACAAUAUUCCAACCAAGCGAUUGAGAGGUCGAAACCCCGUGCCCUGGCUCACAGGUGCCGUUAUCAAUCUUAUCAAGAAAAAGAAAACCGUACGCAGGAAACUAAAAUUGCACCCGUCGGAGUCACUAAAAGUCAAAUUUCAAACUCUGCGUUCACAAGUAAAGCGCGCGAUCAGAGAAAGCAGGGACGAGUUCUUUGAGUCUGCUAACAUCGAGUUCAAGAUCAAUCCCAAACGUCUCUGGCUAGGAUCAACAACUCGCUCAAAGUCGCGCAACAGAUCACAAAGUGUCUCCAUGGCAACUGGUAACCUACGUGCAACCGCUGACACCCCAGAAGAAAUCGCAGACAUUUUAUAUAACUAUUUCACUUCAGUGUUCCCUGUUCUUCAAGAGGACAAAGUAGAUAACGGCGCAGGGAAAUUCCCUGCCGCAGAACCCCCCUUUAGCGAUAUUGUGUUGCACAUCGGCGAAGUUGAGGCUGUCCUAAAAUCACUAGACCCAAACAAAGCCACUGGUCCAGAUGAGAUCCCGGCUAGAAUCCUAAAGGAAACCGCCACCACUAUUGCUCCAUCACUAUGCAAGCUGUUCAACAGGUCUCUGGGGAAAGGCUAGAUACCGUCUGAGUGGAAAUUGGCCAAUGUAGUGCCUGUCUAUAAUAAGGAUGAAAAAGAUCAUGUUGAAAACUAUAGGCCUAUCUCCCUACUUUGCAUUAUUUCUUAAGUCCUCGAGCGUUGUGUCUUGAACCGCAUCAAUGACCGAUUAGAAGAUCUGAUUGCGGACUGUCAGCACGGGUUUCGGAGUGGACGUUCAUGUGUCACAAAUCUACUAGAGACCCUAGAUUACAUCGGUGCUGUUCUUGAUAGAGCUGGUCAAGUAGAUUGUGUGUAUUUAGACACGUCCAAAGCCUUUGUUAAGGUUAGACAUGACCUCCUUAUGGAAAAACUGUGGGGUUCUGGCUUCGGAGGGAACCUGCUCACAUGGUUUCAUGCGUAUCUCUGUGGCAGGCGCCAAUGCGUCAGCGUACUAGGCGCGACAACACGUGACCUACCUGUCACCUCUGUAGUCCCUCAGGGUUCAAUACUCGAACCUGCUCUCUUCUUGUUAUAUGUGAACAACCUUCCAGAUUCUAUCCUCAUAGCAAAGUGGCAAUGUUUGCAGAUGACACUAAAGUAUACAAGGUAGUGAUGUCUGAGGAUGAUGGCGCCGCUCUCCAACAAGAUCUGGAUAAUCUGUCUUCAUGGUCCGCUGCCUCUGGCCUAGCCUUCAAUGAUAAGAAAUGCAAGCUUCAGACCAUUACGAGGAAGCGCAAGCCCAUCUGUACGAGCUACGAGGUUAACGGCAGUACCAUCAAGUCCUGUGACGUAGAGCGUGGCCUUGGCGUCUCCUUGGACUGUGACUUGACUUGGCACGCCAAGUCUCUCACCAAGCUGCACGUGCAAACAAGUUGUUAGGUUUCGUUAGGAGGAACUCUAGGUUUAUUCACAGCACUUCCGUAAGGUGCACAUUAUACCUCGGGCUAGUUCGUGCUCAUCUUGGCUAAGCAACCCAGAUCUGGGCGCCCCAAGGCAUUGAACUAAUUUCUAAACUCGAAAGUAUCCAAAGACGUGCCAAAUAUCAAAUUCAUUUUUUGCUUGCCUUUUUUUAACAAAUAUCUCUGACAAAGAAAGACUAAUGUCUGUAAACCUACUUCCUGUGUGCUACUGGCACGAGUUACUAGAUCUAGUAUACUUUUACAAGGCUACGCAUAAUAUGAUUCACUUAGAUCCGUCUGUUGUUCCCUUCGCGCGCGAAUGCGCGCGAAGGACCCGUAUAUCCGUAACGAGCUCUCAAUCUCUUGUGCCUAAAAAAUGCAGGACUUCUACCUUUCAGAAAUCUUUUUUCAUUAGAACCACUAGAAUCUGGAACCUGCUUAUUACUAGACUUGACCUAGAUAAUGUUACUUUUGAGAACUUAAAUCUGUUCUUUACGGUUAUUACUCGCGGGCUCUAGCAAUAAACUAUGACCCGGACUCUCCAAGGAGCUUCAAAAGUAUUUGCUUGAAAUGUAACACAGCCAGGUUUUUAGACCAAGAAAGUAGCUGCUGCAUGUGAUUUAAAUUGCUACUUUUAUAUCCUAUUAUUUUUUGGGUCCGUAGUAAUUGGCUUUAGCUGUUGCGGUGUCCCUGUCCAAAUAUUUAAGUUAUUAUUAGUGUAUUGUUACGUUCUUAUUACUAGUAUUUGCAUAUCUUCAGUGUCUUUUUUUUUCCUGUAUUCUUCAGGGCAAAGCUAAUAAAAUAAAUAAAAUAAAAUAGACGUUAACAUCGCUUUUUUUUUUUUUUAGAUACCUGUGGCCACAUUCGGUAUUUGAAGUUUUUUGAUCGGGAGUAUGGCCUUUAUAUGUAUCUUCAAGGCCACACCUUUUUAAACCUUUCCAUUGGAGCAGGCAAAUCUUGCGAAACGGAAUGUCUUUACCGGAGAGAGUGCGUGGCAAUCAACAUUGGUCCAGCAAUUAAUGAUAUGAGGGUCUGUGAGUUGUGCAACUCAGAUCACAUACAGCAUCCUAAUGAUUUAAAACGAAGAGAACGUUGGACGUAUAAAGGUACACAGGUAUGGCGAAUUUCACUGGAAUAAAUUAAUGACGGCAAUGGUUGUGAAUUAUCUUGUGGUAAGCGUUUAACUGUUCAUAGCCCAAAAAGUGAAGUUUUAGCUAUGGACGUGAUGAUGACAAUGACGAUCAAAAGAUAGUGAUGACGACCCUUGGGUGUCAGAGACUUUUCAUAUGCGGUUUCCUGUUUCGGUUUACUGUUAUAGUGACCGCUCGUGUCUUUGGUUCUCUCCCGAAGAUUACACUUGUCCGUCUUCCCUCCAGACAGGGGGGGGCCAACCAAAACGGACUUUUACAAAGUCUAGCCAAAGAUCUGUGGAGCGGCGAUGAAGAAGACAUAAAAUAAUGAUGAGAAUGGUAAUAGGGAACAUUGACUACUUGCAGUCUCUCAGGAUGGUCGCGCGCGCGAGAAUGUUACGUGUGAGCGAGCGAGCGAGGCAAACGCACAAGGGGGAAGCCGGAAAAGGAAAAAGCCCCUCUCCAGUUCCCUUCGCGAGGAUCUGAAUGGGGGUACCUAGAUAACACUAAACACUUCAUUUUUUGACUUUGUAACAUUUUAGGCAUUUUAACAUUAACAGUAAAGAUUCUUUGAAACAGUAAUUUUUUCCCAGAUAGAAGCAAAAACGGCUCCUAAAAGGCCAAAAGUAUACCAAGGAGUUUUUGGCCAUUUUGCGACAAUUCCGGAUUAUUGAGAAGAUUUCCGAAGGCUACCGAAGAUUUCUGAAGACUAACGAAGAGGUCCGAUCAUUGCCGAAGAUGUCCGAAGAACCCUGCAAACACUUGACAGUAUUACUUCGGAAACACUAAACAUAAAAAAAUUGGCUAAUUUAACAGCAAACACUCAAAAUUAUGGACGAAUAACACCAAGCAUUGAACCCCAUUCAGACCCUCCUUUUCGACUGGUUCGCUCUCUAAAGCUCUGCCAAGUCUCGAUUCGACAGACUGAAAAGGGAACUGCUCGAAGUCUACAAUAUAAUAUUAAAAUUUCAUGAGUCUAAAUUACGCUUUCAUUUUCACUAGAAUAUUUGUGCCUACAAACCUUGCUUGAACAAUGCAAAGUGUUUCCUUGGAUAUACGGAUAAGGGGUUUCUUUGCGAAUGCCAGUCUGGUUACACGGGAGAACUCUGCGAAACAGGUAAUUAUGUGGCCAGCAAACGCAGACAUAUUCAGUCCUGUUUUCGCUUGACUGCGCCACAAGAAUACUUUUCGGGCAGAAACAAACUGGAAAUACGUCUACGUCUACGUCUCUCAUAGACGGAAUCGUCAGAUAGUAAACUAGAAACUUACCGUGGCCCGUUGCUUCGAGAUCCUUCGAGGUGGUUAGAAAAACCAAAGUGUAUCCUACCCAGAAAUGGAGGACAUAUGAAUGUUGCUUACUAAGAGAUAAUCAACGUUGUCAGGGUUAGAAAACAUCUGUGGGGGGGUCCUGCAGCAACGUUUUAUCCUGGAAAGCUCCGCCCUGAGGUCUAGCUCCUUACCCUUCUAUAUAACAUUUUUUGAGAGAAAAGGUAUCCCUCCCUUACCCAGUACCUUCGAUUGACAAAUGGUACCUCUUUCAAAUACCUAUUUUAGAACUUUGCAUUACUUUUAGCAACUGAAAAUGUACUGUCUUUAAACUGUGAAUAAAUCACAAAAGCAGGAAAUGUUCUCGACUUUUUCACAGACCGAAAUGACACAGAUUUCCCUACCCUCUCGUAUACUUAAACUCGUGAAAUCCUUACCCUUUCAAACUCUUGAAGUCUGGAAAAGGUACCACUUUCGGGUGGAGCUUCCCCUUUUAAGCUAUUGUAGGAGAUACCCCCCGGGAUUUAUGCUUGCUCUUCUCGACAUGAGAGAAACAAUCACUCUUCCUUGAAGCAAUCAGCAUGCUACAAAAUUGAUUAUUUUCUUGAGUUGAAUGUCUAGGUAACGGUGUGCGAGGUUGGUGACUUGUAUUGUUUUCUUUUUUUAUAUUAGACCUGGACGAAUGCGAGGAUAAAACUCAUCAAUGUGACGUAAAUGCGAACUGUACCAACAUUCCUGGCUCAUAUAACUGCACGUGUAGGCCUGGCUACACAGGAAAUGGGAGCAUUUGUAAUGGUAUAAUUAGCUAUACAAGCCUUCACUUCAUCUUUCUGCUAGUAGUUAUGCAUUUGUAAAGGUAAAAAUUUGGGAAGACCUUAGAUAACAAUAACCUCAACCGGGUUGUGGCGUUAAGUGGUUUAAGUGAAAGCAAGAAUUUGGGUGCCGGUGGGGUGCUCAGUCUCGCGGGCUCAUAAAACCUGGUCUCAGUCAUUCUUAUUUAAAGAUUUUCAAAAAUUUUUCGAUUAAUUUUUAUGACGCGCAUUAUAGGGUCGGGGCUUAUAGCUCGCUUUGAUACUCUUUUCCUAGUUAUAUCUACAUUUAAAACUAUGAAGAUGGUCCCUUAAUUGUUACAGCAGUAAGCACUUGAUCUCAACGAUCUUACGGAAGCAGUCUUUGAAUUGCUCUUUGAACUUCAUCUUUUUAAAUUUUCUGGGAUUCCAGUGUAGGAGGUAGGUUUAUGUGUAAUUCUGGCAUUCGUUUUUUCAGAUGUUGAUGAAUGUGGUGACAACUUACAUGACUGCGACGCUAAUGCAAACUGUACAAAUAUCCCGGGAUCCUAUGGCUGUGUUUGCAACCCACCAUAUAAUGGAUAUGGGAAAAAGUGCAUUAAAACACGUGAGUGUAGUAUUAAGCCGAGAAAUAUAAAAUGAUCCGAGUGAAAGCUGGAGGAGAAUGGGGGGUUGAUGGCUUAGGGCUUGUUUACAUGGAAUUGGGGGACCCCAGGUAGGUGAGGAGAUCCGCCUGUCCAUAUAAUCUCUCAUUUUAAUUUGAUGUCAUUUACAUGAUAGGUGGGGUGGUCCCCCACCUCCAUGUAAACCGGUCAUUAGUUGGUACUGCGCCUUGGAUCCUAAUGACGUUUAGAGAAGGCAACAAUUGCUUUAGGCCCUUUAUAGGGUGGAUUUCCACUGUCGCGUAAUUUUUACGUGCGUUCGAGCAGAAAAAUUUAAUUACAUUCGCAAAUAAAAGAGAGGCAAUAUAUGAAGGAUCGCGCGUAAAAGUAAAAGUUGAACCUCGCCCAACUUCACGUUUAAGUGCAACACGGCUUCGUACCUUGUCACUAUUUUAUUUACGCGGGUAAAAUUUACGUGCGUUUACACGAGCGCGAAAAUUACGCGUCCACCCUUCAUGCAGGUGCGAAAAGAAAGGCCUGAAAAAAAAUCCGGGUUUGAAUCGGAUUCAAACUCUUGACCUAUGCGAUACCGGUGCAGCGCUCUAACCAAUCGAGCAAGCAAGCCAUCUGGGAGCUGGUCAUUAUAAAAAUGGGUCAUUCCCUGGGUUCAAACCUUUCACAAAAAUAGGUCAUCUCCGAAUUAUCACUUUCAAAAUGAGGCUGAGUGCAAAAUCUUUCUUGUGAAAAUGACUUUUAUUUGCAUGAGAAUAAAAAAACAUUUUCAUAUCGCACUUAGGCUCGCUUGGAAAUAGAGGCUUAGAGCAACUGUUGAUUCGUAAUAUACCCGGGAAAGAUUACGGGCUUUCUACCUGUAGAGCAGUUUUGGAUUAGUGACUGCAUAUAUGCAAAAGAGGUGGGGAACCUAAACGCUGAGCUCAAGUUCACUUGGAGGAUUCAUGAAGGCAAAUGAACCGCAGUAUUUAGUAAGAAUUGUAGCAAGCAUGGCAUGAUAAUAAAUUUAACUGUUUUCAUAUACAAUCCUCUCUAUUGGCGAGUAACUGCGGACGUCGUUUUCGUCGCCCUUUUCUCAUCAAAUCGUCAGCUUUUCAACGAAGUCGUCGCAUAUUAAUAGUUGUUCUGCAUGGUAACGCUACUGGUCCUACUGGGGAGCUCGAGCAACCACCAUGACGGCGAAGGUAACAUGAAAAUAAAAAGAAACUUGCAACAGGUUUGAGUGAUAAACAGAAAAAAAAGCCUGAACGUGCAGCGCACUUUUUGGCAAAUUUCCUUGCCAUUGUCGCACGAGUGACGUUCUCAAACUUUAUCGAAAUGGUAAUGCGAUCGUAGCUUUAGCUCCCGCCCAGACGUAUGCGGAUAUUUUUUAAUCCACAAAUUUUUCUUUGCAGAUUCAAAAAUUACCACGUCCAAACGUAUCCGUAUUCAAAUCGAAUUUGCCCGUCCACACGACACCGGAUUCACUCUCAGUUUGUCAGCUAAUUUGUAAUAAAGCGAUCUUCGGCUCAAGCGAAAAUUUUAUCGCCAGUCUGUUUCACUGAUAAAAUUGUCCCAUCAAGCACUAUAUUUCGCUCGUUUGACUUGUUUACGGCGUCCAAUCCGUCCGUCCCACAUGGAAAGAAGCUUCAAAAUGUCAAACCGCCGUUUGCCAUAAUUGAAGUGUACAGUAAUCAUAGCUACAUUGAGAGACAAACGUGUUGAGACACGUCUAUAAAAUGCCCCCCUUUUGAACAGUGGACAUACCUAUCCCCUUCCCCUGAGUACUCCCACCCCCUUCCCCCAAAACCAGUGUUAUGUUUUAGACCCUGAAGUCUUUCUUUAUCUACAAACAACAUUGAUUCGGGGGUGGGGUGGGGGAUUUAUGGCGUUUAAAUAGAAUGAAAUAAUAAAUGUAUGAAAAUGUUGAUAAAAGCACUCGUUUUAGACAAGUGUGUCAACUACUUUUGUCCCUGAUUGUAGGUUUACCUGCAAAAACGUUAUAAGACUUGAAACUGAAGUGCAAGAAGUAAAGAAGCGAUAAUAUUGCGCUGGGCACCGUCUUGAAUAUUCACGGUAAAGAACUGGGCAAAACGUUACAGUGUAAGGAAAUAUCCGGAUUUUGCGCCCACAAAAGUGGCUCUUGGCGCCCACUCAAAGAGUCUGAAAUGUCUCCUGAGCGUCCACAUGAUUCCGGAUUUAUAACUUAUUCAAAAAUUUCCUCUUUGGAGAGCAGAUUUAGAAAGUUGCCGAUUCGGAUUCACCGGAUACGUGUGAACGGAAGCCGGAUCCGCAAAGAAAAAGUUGCGGAUUCAAAAAUAUUCGGAUACGUGUGGACGGGGGCUUAAUCUCUAAGAUUGUCGUUUCAUAAAGCGAUUUCGCGACUUCGCCCAUAGAGAGUCUCAUAUACCUUUAGCACGACUAUCCGUGCACAGCUACGGUGAGUGCCAUAAUUUGCUUGAUUGAUGCGCUUUUCCGCGUGCGAUCAUACCAAAGACAUGAACCAAAGAUUUCUUUUCUAAGGUGGUUUUAAUGCAUCAACUAUUCUUGGCAACGACAGUAGGUACUUGGAGAAUUUGACGUUGUUUUUGGAGCCCGUGAUCAAUAGUUCAGUCCGUAGUAGGUUUGUGAGGUGUUGGCACGCUAAAGAGGACGGCUGGGCGGCGACUACGUUCCACGGCAACUGUGAUGACAAGGGACCCACUGUAACUAUCAUUCAAGUCGGCAGUUUUAUAUUUGGUGGAUACAGUGAUGUAACCUGGAAAAGCCCCGUACCGGGUGAGUACAUGUACUAGGAGAAUCAGGAAUUGUUUAUUUUGCUUGCUAACAAUGAAGAACGAUAAAGUAGUACAGCGGCUUUUGGCUUGAUGUUUUUCUGUUUACGUACAAUCAAGGCGAGAAAGUAAUUCCUCAGCAAUCAGAGUUGGCCAUUUUCAUGAUGACAUCACUCGAAAUGAACUACCAGAAGUUUGUUUUUCUCUAAUUCACUAUUUAAAUUAAAUUAUCCCGGUCAGGUUUAAAUCUUAUAAGAAUCGAUUUUGAAAUACAUUUUAAAACAAAAGUCAAUGAUAAAAAAGAAGCUUGUCUUCAUGUCAUCAUUAUCAAAGAUAAUAUAUCAGUCAGGGCCACAACCAGAUCUGGAUAUAUGAUGACGUCACCCACAUUUGCAAAAUGGCGCCCACGCCGAGAAACACGAGGGAAGGUCACUUCCUGGCUCUUUGCUGCGCCUAGAAGUGUCCUUUCCCCAUACUACUUUGAGAGCUGUGACUUUAGACAAUGCGAAAUCAGGGGUGUGAAGAAAAAAUGCCGUCCGAUGAACGUUUUUGCGUUCUUGGGAGGUAAAACGACCGAACACGAGAGUUUUUCAGCUCAAAGAAAUGCCCGACAAGGAGCAAAACAUCGAAAAAGAGAAGGUGAGUGUCAUUUUUUGGACCUUUGAAAAAAUUUUUUUGAAAUCUACAUAAAAUUUGCUUGUUGAUAGUGGUCUGUUUGGUGUAGUGCAAAGCAGUUUCACAUAGUGCGGUGCUUUUAAAGAUGCAAAAGUCAGUUGCGCAGUUAACGUGCGGGUUUUUGUAACGCCAUGUUUAUUUUACGUUACUUUGCAGUCGGAUGGAAAAUCACCUUGGUUUUUUGCAAAGAAGAUGCCGUUUGUGUGGGAAAACGUUCUCUAAAGUCAAAACUGUCCAGAACUGCGACAAAACAGCGUUUCGAAGGGAACUUUUGAACUUCUUAGGCGUAGAUAUUGGGCUGAACCCCAGAGAAAUCCAUCCACAGAAAGUGUGUUCGGCUUGUAGGAGAGUCGUUUAUCAUUUAAAUUCGGGUAACUUGGACCCCGAAAUCUCUGAAGGGAGAAAGCAAGGAAUAAAACUGUUUGUGUGGAAGGAACACUAGUAGUAUACUAGGGUCAAACUUAACCCCGUUGGUGCCUUCCCUUGCCUUCCGUAUGCCUUCCCUUAAUUGAUAUGCAUAAGCCUAUGACGUCACCUCGGAAAGAAGUGUCUUCCUGCAUACUAAUUUGGAUUAGGUUUACUAAUGAGCGUCACUCUACUACAAUAGGAACAAUAGGCUUGCCUAGACUUGCCCGGGCUCUUUUAACCCUGAUUGGAUAGUAAACAAUCUAUUAUGUGUUCAACAUAAAAGCGUGCUUUCCCUUCAGUAUUUCAUUAUUGUCACAAACUCCAGUAAAUAAUAUUUUUGAGCGGAUAGCUUCCAAACAUACUAGUCAAUGGUCCGAAAACAGUACUCGACUUAAAACUAUUCACUGUGACCAAAGAUAAAUAUUUUUAAUCUACAAAACCAUUGAUUCUGUUUUGUCAAUAUAAUUCAACCUUCAAACGUUUCUAGACUGUGGUAUCGAGCGUUAACCAUUAACAGGUUGGCCUUUUUCCUUUUAGACCUGUAUCAUACGAAACAAAAGGAACGCAAGCGAACUGUAUUUUAUUAUUCAUCGCAAACAUGAACGCUUGUCGCAUAAAUUAUCCACGGGAAUCAACUCAAUUAUAUAUAAACAAUAGCGUGAAUGCGCUUGGGUGAACAUCUUUCGUUUCUUGAACAAAUGCUUAGACACUUGGUUCGUCUUCGUGUAUAUAAAUCCACUUUCUUUUGCCGUUGGAAUAAUGUUUUAUUUUGACGGGCCAGUAAUUUUCAGAUGCAAACAUGACUGUGGGGGUAUAAGGGUUAACAGCAUUUCGAGUGCUCGUGUACAUCUCGCAAAGGCCAAACCCUUCUGGAAUAGCUUUGAGAUAGGGCGCUCCAUGUAAAUAAUUCUGCAAGGCGGGCCAGGUCAUCCCACACCAAUCCAGAUCAAACGGUUUCGGUUUACGCGUAGAUGAUUUAGCUUCAGCAUAUUUCGGGGGCACAACAAGAUCCUUUGGGGGGAUCGAUUCCACCUCUCCCUCUGGUUUUAAGGUUUUGUUGAUACUUGGGUAAACUCGGCAAGAGCCAAAGAUGUCGCUCAACACCUGCUUAUUUGCCGCCGUGUCCGGUUUAUUAUCUACAAAGAUGUAACCGUAAGGCCUCUCUGUUUCAUGAUAAUAAGCUGUCAUGAAUCGUUGGCGAUUCUUAUCAAACAUACGCUCAGCAACAAUUCCGAUUUGUUUCCGAUCGCUAGGACUUCGGAAAAGAGCCAUGUACUGUGCAUUCCGACUGAUAUCAGUGUUAAAUUUUCCCUUGGGGAACAUAUUCUGAAGGAGCAGUAUGACGCUGGCAUUUCUAUGGCGACCUUGGGUAAACAACCGAGAAACGAUGGGGCUUUCGAUCGCUUCUGCCAUUAGAUCAUCAAAGAUGAUAACGUUGUUGUAUUUUGGGUCAAUUUCUCGCAGAUCUUCUUGAAAUGUGGGAAGGCCACGAAAAAAUUUAAUGUCCUUUCCGAUCGCUGAUUUCAAAGCUUCGUAUCUAUCUUGCCACUGACUGUAAUACCAUAAAAUGCGAGGGGGCUUGUUGGUUUCGUAGACAAUACGAUCUCUCGUUAGAAUCUGUUCUACGAAAACUGUUUUCCCUGAUUGACUUGGUCCAACCACAAGGAGUGAGAACUUAUGGCGAAACAUAAAAUCGGGAUAAGGCUCGGUUGCCAAAGAAACAUCAUGGGAAAGCUUUCCUUCUUCGCAGUAGAAGACGUUUUCGGCGUUUCGUUUACUGGUCUUCUUCUUUUUCUUGGUUCACAUAUUUUUCUCGUGGAACUAGAUGAAAAACGAGGUAAGUCGACGCUUGUAGAAAUAUAUUCUCUUUUUGAUUCCCAAGAAACCUUAGCCUCUUUUAAGAGUCGUGUUCGUCUUAGCCAGGUUAAGUCAUGGACACUUUCAAGAUGAGAACUCAAGUUGGACACACCAGGUUUGCCACAUAGCGGACAAAUUCGAGGAAACGUUCGAGGCAUGACUGCUUAUGAAAAAUGACUCACAGUUAACAGAAUCAUUUAAUAUAUAGUUAUUUUACAAUGGUGGGGAGUACUUACGAGAAUUCAGGGGUACAGGAGGGGUACAGGAAGGGUACAGGAAGGGUACAGUAGGGGUACAGGAAGGGUACAGUAGGGGUACAGGAAGGGUACAGGAGGUUUACAGGAAGGGUACAGUAGGGGUACAGGAAGGGUACAGGAGGGGUACACUAGGGGUACAGGAAGGGUACAGUAGGGGUACAGGAAGGGUACAGGAGGGGUACAGUAGGGGUACAGGAAGGGUACAGUAGGGGUACAGAAGGGGUACAGUAGGGGUACAGGAGGGGUACAGGAGGGGUACAGUAGGGGUACAAUGAAAGUUCAUAGAGUUCCGUUGUGCUUUGCAGCCGUGCCUCCAUCGAUAGCUAUAAAAGAAGUAAGCCGCUGUUUCUGAUUCAGUCAGUUCUUAAACCUCGUGCAGUUCGGAUCACAAUGUUCAGCAAUUAUAAUCAUUUCGUUCAAAAAGGAUAUGGAAAUUUUGAAGAUGAUGACGACCAUAUUGAAAGCUCACAAGAAAGCGAACAAUCAUCUCAAAGUUCUCAAUCUAGCAAAGAAAUGGACUCUUCCGGAGAGGAGGAGGAGGAGCAUGUAGAUCCUUGGUCACGCAUUCAAAAUGAAGUUUGUAAUCGCCACGAAGCCCACCUCGAAGCUCUGAUCAACGAGUAUGAACAAAACGGAGACUCGCCUGAAGUGGCCCGCAUUAAAGCUGAAAAUGCUUUGCUUCCAGUAUAUAGAAAGGAAUUGAGAAAAGUGUUGUGUUUACAGUGGAUGCAUGCAAUGAAGAAAGAUCCGACAUUCCGAAAAGUGAUGGAAACCCGCCAAGAUCUCAAAGACACAGAAGGAUAUGACUGGCUGGAAUCGACAGAACUUGCCAUCGAUAAGCGGAAAUUCUUACUCAAUCGAUUGUUUGUCAAACAAACUGUUCCCGAAGACUAAGCCGGAACUCUGUCUAUUCAUCUAUUGUUGUAACACGUUGAUGGUUUUGUUAUCAAUAAAUGUAUUUUUAACCGAAACAAAGGUGUAGUCUGGUUGUAGCACGCGCGUAUUAAUCCCACCAUUGUUUAUAUAUGAUUGAGUUGAUUCCCGUGGAUAAUUUAUGCGACAAGCGUUCAUGUUGGCUCAGUGUAUAUUAAAUUAGUUUGCGAUGAAUAAUAAAAUACAGUUCGCUUGCGUUCCUUUUGUUUCGUAUGAUACAGGUCUAAAAGGAAAAAGGCCAACCUGUUAAUGGUUAACGCUCGAUACCACAGUCUAGAAACGUUUGAAGGUUGAAUUAUAUUGACAAAACAGAAUCAAUGGUUUUGUAGAUUAAAAAUGUUUAUCUUUGGUCGCAGUGAAUAGUUUUAAGUCGAGUACUGUUUUCGGACCAUUGACUAGUAUGUUUGGAAGCUAUCCGCUCAAAAAUAUUAUUUACUGGAGUUUGUGACAAUAAUGAAAUACUGAAGGGAAAGCACGCUUUUAUGUUGAACACAUAAUAGAUUGUUUACUAUCCAAUCAGGGUUAAAAGAGCCCGGGCAAGUCUAGGCAAGCCUAUUGUUCCUAUUGUAGUAGAGUGACGCUCAUUAGUAAACCUAAUCCAAAUUAGUAUGCAGGAAGACACUUCUUUCCGAGGUGACGUCAUAGGCUUAUGCAUAUCAAUUAAGGGAAGGCAUACAGAAGGCAAGGGAAGGCACCAACGGGGUUAAGUUUGACCCUAGUAUACUACUAACACUCCUCAAACUGCUAUUGCCUGCAGAACCUCAAUAUUUAAAAGGGUUUCAAACAUGGUGAAAACUCUCAGAUCAGUUGCAGAAUCAUGCGAAGGUCUUGAUGACAUGGUGAUACGAGUAAGAUAACUGCUUCUUCAAGUUUAAACAAUAGAAAAUUACAUUGGAAACUCUACUUGUAAAUGACUGCCUCGUCACGAGUUCAGAAAAGUGAAAACAACAAGAAUAGCCCCAAGCUAGCCCACAUUGUAGGAGGCAAUACGAUAGCGUUGAAUACAAAAAUCUUGACUGAAAUGAUGAUGGUUGAUUAAUCACUGUCAUGAGACAGUAUGCAACAGUGCAAACCAGUUUCCCACUUAUAUAAUUUUCGAUUACUGAAUUAAAGUGUCAAUGCUGACAAUAUAAUAACGGUGUAUGACAUUUGCAGACUGCAGACUGCAGACUGCAUGAGGCAGCAAGACUAUAAAUUGAAUGAAACCAAAAGUAUCGUAAUAAAGGUGGCAUCAUCAUCAAAAUUACCUUGUUCCGAGAAGUACAUGUAAGGCCUAGAAGCGAAGUUUAUAUUUUUCAUGCAAAUUACACCGACCUCAUUCCUAAAGGAGUUGUUGGCUGUUCUUCUUGUAUUGGAUUAGAGCAGAAUAAUGUCUGCCGAUGUCACAAACUCGCUCAUGAAUCCAUAGCAAAAGGCUAGCAAUUUAGCCUGCAACACAGACGAAACUAAACUCUGGUUAUAUAAGUCUGUCUGUGAAACAGCGCCGGAAUCCUUAUUCUACGGGGGCCCCACCUGUGUACUAGGAUUUGAGUAUGAGCAAUGAUUGGCCUGUUAAAAAAGCCAUUGUCGAUUUGCCUAUUUAGAAAUUCAAAAUGCACUUCCGGUAAUUCGUCGAGUCCAGGUAGGAUCUGUUCGGUUUAGAUUAUUUAGCACAUCCUUAAAAACUGCUAAGAUGAAAUACGUCAUUUAAAAGGUGUUAAAUGUCCGUGAUAUAUCCUAGUUGUUUUCGUUGACGUAACUGUAGUGAGCACGAAGUGCUUGCAACCUAAAAACUUUUUUUUACAGAAGACUACUAUUUAGACAGGCAUUAGUGGGCAUUGCUACUUGUUAUUAUCAAUUCACAAUAAUCAAAGAAGAAUAAAGAAUCCACGCAAUUAGUGAUAUGCCGGAUGAGUCAAUAAAGAGUCGCGUCGGUGAAGAAUAGCCAACAGCAUCUUGGAAAUGAGACCAAUGUAACUUUGCGCAAAAAUAUCAACCUUGUUCCCAGGCUACCUUCUCACUUUCACACGAUGUUAUAUUUUUGAUGGUGUCACCUUUAUUAGGAAGAUUUUUGGUGUCUUUACAAUUUUACAAUUUGCAAUCUGUGGUCUGCAGUCUGUGGUCUGCAGUCUGCAGUCUGCAGUCUGCGGUCUGCAGCCUGCAGUCUGCGGUCUGCAGUCUGCAGUCUGCAGUCUGCAGUCUGCGUUCUGCAGUCUGCAAAUGUCAUACACCGCUGUAUUUUCGAUUGCUUAUAUAAUUUUUUAAUUUAUUAUUUAUUUGUUACUUUUAUACUUUGCCUUAGGUUAUGACAUGCAAGGUGGAAAAUGUGAAGAAUGGCUGAAAAUACACUUUAAACAGGACACCAAAUGAUCGAUCUUACAAAGCUGUUCCAUAUUUCAUAAUUACAGUCAAACCCCAUUGAUAUGGACACUGAAGGGGCCAUAGGAAGUGUCUAUAUAACGGAGGUGUCCAUAUCAAGCAAGUCCUGUUAGUCAAAAAUACACUUUUUUUAUCGAAAUACUACAGCAUCACACCUAACAUCUUGAAACAUCACUAAGCUCUUAUUCUGCAGACUGUGUCCAUGAAAACACACGGAAGUCUCGAGAAAAUAGAUCAAAAAUUAAGUAAAAUUUACCAACUCGAUUGAUGUCAAAAUGGUCUAUUAUUGUUGUGCACAAUUCAUUCAUUUUGGUGUACUAUGAUGCUGGGAACAUGUGACGUCAACUAAAUGAAAGGUUUUUUUACCCUACAAAAAAAGAGGUUGACUACAGCACACAAUGGAAUAUAAAGUCUGCAGAUUAGCGAGGUUGGCUUUAUAUGAUGAGAAUCUGUUCAUUGAGGAAGAAAAAAACGUCCAUUAUCCCCUUUAACAGGUCAGUCUGUAUUAAGUGGGUUGAAUAAAGAGAAAAAUUAAGGGUUUUCCCCAGUGACCAAGGAAACUUCCCAUAAUAACAGGGAGUCCGCAUUAAGCUGGUGUCCGUAAAGAGGGGUUUGACUGUAUGAUACAGGACAAACAUAAUCUAAUAAUAAUAGAGGCUUAGUGCCCACUAAGUUUUUCAGUGUGUAUGUAUUCCACCUACAGUGACAGGAUAUUACUAUAAUGACAUAGUUUUUACACUAAAUCAACAAAACUCAGAAACCCAGGCAUUGUUUGGGAUACAAGACAGCCUUUAUUAAUCACAACAAAACACAAUACAUGGUAAAUAACUAAAAGGUAAUAUUAAGUAUAAAAAUAAAGUGCUCCAACAAAUAAGAAAGACCAAACUAAAAAAUCAAAUAAUAAAAGUGAUCACACUGUCCAUGAAUAGAACAAAAUAAAACCCUACAGGGAGGGAGGGAGGGAGGGAAAUGAUUGCUAGUGCAAUAAAAGUGAACGUUGCUACUGCAAUACCAAGUGAAAAUGUGACUAAACUAGAAUUGUAUCCGUCUGUAACCCAUAUUACAGUCGUGGUAUUUUUAUCUACCGUAAAACUACUAUAUCCUAGGUAGUAGGCACAUGGUAUUAUGAAAUCUCUCAUGCCACAAAACUACUGUGAUGCUGUACUAGCCCUGCAUCCCAAUGUGACACCUUCCUUUGAGAUUUGGAACCGCAUCAGUCGUCUCAACUGAUGCACCCCCUUAAUAACAAUAAUUUAAAGGAACAAAUUUUUUAAAAAAAAUAUAGAGAUACAAAUAUAUAUAAUAUUUUCUUGUCUUGUGAAAAACCAUUCUAUUAAAUUUUUUGACACAACAACAAUAGUAAAGUCUGCACAUCUAUUUCAUUUGUCAGCUGUUUUUCAAAAUAAAAUUGUCCAAUUAUGUUUACGUCCUCUCAGUGACUAUUUAACAGCUAUUAGAACACGAAUACGUCCACUUGCAUUAUUUUCAUCCGCAAUGGGGUUUUGCAAUUUGCAAUAAGCAACACGUAGACAGAAGUUCGUUAAUAACUGCUUACGACUCUUCGCGAGUGCAAUUUCUACAAAUUUUAUUUCUUUCUUUGACCUUCGCAUAUUUCCAACAUGUGUGACGAUUCAAUAUACUGGAAAUUUAUAUACAGCAAGAAUAAUUAGCAUUAAGAUUAUCAUUCGAAAUUAGAUUUUAGCGCGUAUGGUAUUGCGCCCGAAGUAGAAUAGAACAGACUUCUCCAGGUCGAAGCUGUGCUCGCAGAAAUAAUUCCAAACAGGACUUCUCAAAACCUUUCCGCUAAAAAUGUAUCGCGGUAUUCAAAUUCCCUAUUCUUCCAAUUCGAUCGGAGUCGUCGAGUUGUUUCUGGUCUCUUGAAACAUUAUCAGAAAUCCACGGGUGUUCACAGAAAGCGUUCUCGAUCAUUAACAUCUCGAUAUUCGUAAAUCGAACGCUAUGACGCAUAAAAUAAUCUCGAUUAAUCGGCUCCGUAUUGCUGUUACUUUUCUUCAAGGUGCAUUCCAAGUUUCCCUGUUCGACAUUUCUGUCGAGCUUAGUCCUUUCGCGGUCAAGUCAAUGUUUUGGUUGAGCUCUGAGCCAAUCAGAUUGCAGGAAAUUACAUAUCCAGAUCUGGUUGUGGCUCGGGCUGUAUAUUCUUCCACGAAUCAUGUUAAUUUCAUAUCUUUUGAUAAUGAUGACAUGAAACCAUCGAAACGUCAAUUUAUUUUUUUAUCGUUGAUUUCAGGUUUAAAUCACAACAUCAAUAAACAAAAUCUUGCAAAAUUUGGUUUCGUUCUCUCCUUACCAAAACCCGUUAAGGGGCCACUCCAAAGGAGAGGACGCCUCUGGUGCCAGCCUUAUUUUACUGAAUAAUCUUUAAAGUUCUCUAACUAUGUACUGCGGAUUCUUUUUAAUAAAGAAAAGUGUCGCUUAAGAACUACCCCCCCCCGGGUCACGGUAGUCACAAGGAUAAAAAGGAAAAAUUUUCCAUCGUAAAAAGCUAAUGUUGUAGUCGCAUCCAUUAACAUUCAUGACCAAAAUUACCUUUUUAAAGGUAAUUUUUAGCUUUUAAAAAAGCUAAGUGAAACACGGAAUCAAGUGGUUCAGCCAUGCGGAGGUUGAAAAAAAAAUGUAUUAGAUGCAUGGGUGAUACCGUCUGUCAUUUGUAUUUUAUGGACUUCAAGUAGGUUUCAGGCUCUGUCAUAAUUCGAUAGAUCUGAAUUCAGUUACGAUUCUAGUUUGCAUAAAUCUCUUUUCAGGACAAAAACCCUGCUCUUUUCUACUAACACUGAGGGAUUCCAGUUUAGGGAGAGCUCCCUUUCUGCUCAUCAUAGAAGUUUGUUACUCUGCUAAAACUGCCUAAUUUUCUAGAAUAAUUUUCUCCUCCCUCACCAAUUUCAAAGUCAAUACAGUGUCAUUACUGUACUUAUCAAGACAACAAAUGGAUGUGUGGCUCAACACUUUUUUAGGAACAUUGAAAAAUUUAUACAAAUACAGCAAAUUUUUAAAUAUCAGUGCAGUAAUGCAUGGGUUGUCUAGAAAUGUUUGUAUGUCAAGCCGGACUUGCACUCACUAUUUUAAACUGAAGUCCGGAUCAUUGAAUAUUCCUAGAAGUUAAUUUUUUAUGAGCGCCUUUAGUAAGGUCAGUAAGAAUUGUAAAAUGUCGUCAUUAUCUCCCAGGUGGUUGUCGGUAUGGAAAUUCAAGUAAAGCCUUUAUCUACUCCUUGACCAAUAACAACGGUUCUGGACACGCUGUGUACAAUCCUGUUAAGCUGCGAGUCAAGCCUGAUAGUUACCAUCAAGCUGUAAGAAGGUGUGAUUCAGAUGGACCAAUAUUUGGCUGGAAAGAUAUUCGCAUAUCAAACAACUCUGCUAGUAACCAGAAUUCUUCUACUUAUUGUGGCAAGAAAUACCCUCUCCCACCAGGGUAUUGUUCAUCUGCUCGAAAGUGUACAUUCUAUGUUGGAAACUCCACAUUCACGCCAACAGAUAUCGAAGUAUUCUAUGAAACAACCACAUAAAGAACUGUAUCCUGAGCUUUUGACUUUGUGCUUUUCGUUGUUGUUGUUUGUUUGUUUAUGACGAUUUGACUUUAAUGUAACGCAAUCUGAAGUCCUCCGCAUCCUUCGAUCCAGUUUUCCCUCUUCUUUACUUCCCAUCAUCCCUUGCGCCCUUAUCCGU